AUGUCAAAGCUCAGCGAAGAUGUACUUUUUCUUAUAUCAGAAAAUUUGAAAGAUGAUAUAAUAUCGCUUUAUUCAUGUCUUUUAGUUAACACAGUGUGGUGUAGGAUAAUGGUUCCUAAUUUAUGGAAAAUUCCUGGACGAAUUCCUCUAACUAAAAAAGUGAAUGAUAUAUUAUUUAAUGUGAUACUUUUACAUUUAUCAGAAGAGUCAAGAGAUACUUUGAAGAACCAGGGAAUUAAUAUUAUUACAGAAACAUCUCAACGGCCUUUACUAUUCAAUUAUAUUAGUUUAUGGAAAUGGUUGAAUUUAGAACUUUUAUUAGAAACUAUGAUUAUUUCAAAAAAUAUUGAAAAAUCCAAAAUGUCCAUUAUAAGAAAUGAAAUAUUGAAGUUAUUUAUUAACAGAAAUACAAAGUUUAAUUAUCUUUAUAUUCCAAACGAUUUUGAUCAUCAAUUACUAUAUGAUAUUUCAUGGGCUGAGAGUUGCUUUUCAGAACUUGAAUUUUUUAAUUACAAUAAUAUGAAUCAAAAUAUAUUAAAAGAAUUAGCUAAAGUAAGCAAAUCAAUUAAAAAGCUCAUAAUUCACCUUAUUGAUGAUGAUAUUUCUGGAAUUGUUAGGUUAAUUGAAGCUCAAAAAAAUCUAAGUGAAGUUCAUAUUUUCUGUUAUCCAGGUCUGAAUUAUGAAUCACUUAAAACUGUCGAAAAGUCACUAAUUAAAAAUGCAACUUCUAUUCAAAAUUUAACUAUGGGUUGGAAGCCUAUUAUUACAAAAUUUCUUUUAUAUUUUGUAAAUUUAAAGAGUUUGGUAAUGAAAGAUAAUAUAAUGGAAAAUUAUCCAGAUUGGUGCCAAAUGUCUUUACCUGUUUUAAAAGCCUUAAGAACUUAUUAUAUCCCAGCUAAUUUUUUAGUAAGAUUAAUUGAAAGUACAAGUGGGCAUCUUACUACGAUAAGUAUUUUUUGUGAAGUUAUUUUAUAUAAAGGUGCUGAUACUGGAAGACUUAUCCAAGCAAUCUAUCAAAAUUGUCCAAAUCUUAGAUAUCUUAAAACACCGAUAAAAAAUUGUAAUCUUCCAGAAUUUAAAAGGUUAUUAACUAAUUGUCAAGAUUUAAAUGGAUUAAUUAUUAUAGAUGAAAAAAGGCUUAAUUAUGAAGAAUUAUUUAAUAUAUUAACUGAAUCAUCACCAAAAAGUUUAUUUAAAUUUAAAUUUAUUUUUAAUAAGAAAUUCGGAAAUAAAUUAACGUCAUUAAAAUCAAUUUUUGAUAAUUGGAAAGAUAGAAAACCUAUAUUAUUACAAAUCGAUCUUGUGAAUUGUUUUACUCAACAGGAGGAACAGGAAAUGAAAGAUAUAAUAGAAAAAUACAAAGCAAAAGAAAUCAUUAAAAGAUUUGACCUUAAUGUAGUAUAUGAUGUUGAAGAAUUUGAAUGGGUCCAAGAAUAA